CAAAAAGAAGGUCAAAUUUUGAUUCGCCAGACCACAGGAAGUCUACAUCCACACAGGAAGUGCAGAGAUGGAUAGUGCACCAAGAAAGCUGCAGUACUGGAGGCUUUAUCUGCUGGCGCUGGUGUUGGGAAUUGGAGGAUCGUUUCAGUAUGGGAUUCAAGUCUCUGUUAUUGCCUCUCCAGCUGUGCAUGUUCAGAGUUUUGUGAACUAUACCUGGCUGUCGAGGUAUGGAGCCCCAGUUGAUGAGUCUACCAACCAGCUCCUCUGGUCCUUCAUCGUGGCUGUAUUGAGUCUUGGAGCCUGGGCCGGGGCUGUCCACAGUGGCAGCCUUCCUGUCAUUUAUGGCCGGAAAAAAGCUCUGCUGUUUAACAACGUUGUGGCGAUAGUUGCUGCUCUCCUCAUGCUCUUCAGUCGCAUGGCCAAAUCUUUCGAGAUGAUCUUCUUUGGAAGAUUUCUAUACGGAUAUAAUGUUGGUCUUGGCCUAAGCGUACACCUCAUGUACCUUGGGGAAAGUUCUCCAAAGAAACUCAGAGGUUUCCUGACUCUCACCGGUUCAAUCUUCAUCGGAUUUGGAAAAAUUAUGGGUCAAAUAGUUGGAAUCAAGGAGAUGAUGGGUACAGAAGACAUGUGGCCAUACCUCUUAGCUAUAAGUGGUGUCCCUGCCAUCCUGCAGUUGGUGGUGCUACCUUUCUUUCCCGAGGCUCCUCGAUACCUUUACAUUGACAAAGGAGACACUGAAGGAAGCAGAAAAGCCUUGGAAUGGCUGUGGCAGGAGGAUGACUUAAAGCAGGAACUGGAGGACAUGCAGAAAGAGAGAGAGAGCACACAGGGAGAAGAGAAGAAGACAGUGAAAGAUGUCCUCACCUCUCGCUGUGUGAGGUGGCAGCUGCUGACUCUGGCUAUCCCCUGUGCUGGAGUUCAGUUCUGUGGCAUCAACGCACUGUAUUUCUACGCCUUUGACAUCUUCCGUGAGUCCGGAUUGCCGGAGGACCAAAUGCAUUACAUGGCCAUCGGUAUUGGAGCAACAGAGCUCAUCGCUGUAACACUGUGUUCUUUCCUGAUAGAUCGAGCAGGCAGAAAGAAGCUGAUGGGUUAUGGGUAUCUGAUGAUGGGCAUCACCAUGUCUGUGCUCACUGCCAUGCUGUCCAUAAAGCAUCUGAAUUCAUGGAUCCCGUACAUGAACAUUGCUCUGAUCUUCUGUGUCAUCUGCAUAUAUGGACUAGGACCUUCUGGAGUGUCUAUGGCUCUUCCUGCCGACCUCUUCCUGCAAGCUUGGCGUCCUUCCGCAUAUGUUAUCAGUGGGACCAUUAACUGGCUAAGCAUGUUCCUGGUGGGGAUGUCGUUCGGCUUCAUUGUGGAUGGACUCGGGCAGUUUUGCUUCCUGAUUUUUGUGGUGUACUCAAUACUCAGUGCAGCUUUUCUGAUAUUUUUUGUGCCAGAGACCAAAGGAAAGACAAUGGUUGAGAUUAUGGAAGACUUCAACAAACUUAACUACAAGAACAGGACUGCUGAUGUUGAAAAGACUGACAUUAAUCUUGUAACUAAACUUUAACUUUUUUCAAUAUAUUUUACCGGUCAUAUCUACAAUUUUUUUGCAUUAACCUUUGAGUAUAAGUUAA